CCUCGAUUACUGCAGUUCCUCAGACGCGCUGGGAAGUGCACCUUUCUUCAGGGGUGGUUGCGAAAUAUAUCAACAGGAAAGCCUUUUUGUCAUUGUCAACGCUGAGUUCACGUGUGGAUUAUUGAGGAGGAUUAAUGAAUGACUCUCAGUAUGGAUUUAUAAUCAGAUUAACGUUUGCAGGACGGCUGGUCUGAACGCUGCUUCCACAUUAGCUCUGCAAUGUAUCAGACGUUACGGACGUCUCUACUAUCAAGUGCCCGGUGCUGGGAUGCCAACAGUGAGCGGUCAUACCAGGACUUGUUUGAUAGUCUCGAUACCAAUAAAGAUGGCAAGGUGGACGUCGCUGAGUUGCGCGCGGGCCUCAAGGCAAUGGGGAUAUUCCGCCACGGUGCAGCACAGAAAAUCGUUUCAUCCGGUGACCAAAAUAAGGACGGAUGCUUGGACUUCAACGAGUUCACCAAAUACCUGAAAGAGCACGAGAAGAAGCUGUGGCUGACAUUCAAGAGUCUGGACAGAAACAACGAUGGGCGCAUUGAUGCCUCAGAGAUCCAGCAGGCCCUUGCAGAACUGGGCAUGGAUGUCAGCAAGGAGGAUGCCAUGAAAAUCUUACAGAGUAUGGACAUUGAUGGGACCAUGAUGGUCGACUGGAAUGAGUGGAGAGAACACUUCCUGCUGUACCCUGCCCACAACCUGGAGGAGAUCAUACGCUACUGGAAACACUCUUCGGUGCUGGACAUAGGUGACAGUCUUGCCAUCCCAGAUGAAUUCACAGAGGAAGAAAAAAACUCGGGUGUCUGGUGUAAACAGCUAAUUGCAGGUGCAGCAGCAGGCGCUGUCUCUCGAACUGGUACUGCUCCACUGGACAGAUUGAAAGUCUUCAUGCAGGUUCAUUCUUCCAAGAACAACCGGAUUAGUCUGGUUGGGGGCUUCAGGCAGAUGAUUGUAGAGGGAGGUCUGACGUCGCUGUGGAGGGGAAAUGGAAUCAACGUUUUAAAGAUUGCACCUGAGACGGCAAUCAAAUUCAUGGCAUAUGAACAAUAUAAGAAAUUGUUAUCAUCAGAGGGAAAGAAGAUUGAGACGCAUAAGAGGUUUAUGGCCGGCUCUAUGGCUGGAGCGACAGCACAGACAGCUAUUUACCCAAUGGAAGUAUUAAAGACUCGUCUGACCCUGAGGAAAACUGGCCAGUUUGGAGGAAUGUUUGACUGUGCCAAGACAAUCCUGAAGAAAGAAGGUGUUAUAGCUUUCUAUAAGGGCUACGUUCCAAAUUUAAUUGGCAUCAUUCCCUAUGCUGGGAUAGACCUCGCUGUUUACGAGACUUUGAAGAACACAUGGUUGUCAUACUAUGCCAAAGACUCAGCAAACCCUGGAGUUCUGGUGUUGUUGGGUUGCGGUACCAUCUCCAGUACCUGUGGCCAGUUGGCCAGCUAUCCUCUCGCACUUGUACGCACACGCAUGCAGGCACAAGCGUCUCUGGAUGCGUCAGACCAGCCUUCCAUGAGUUCUCUGUUGAGGACGAUCGUAGCCAAAGAUGGUUUCUUUGGCCUCUACCGGGGCAUCCUGCCAAACUUCAUGAAAGUUAUUCCUGCUGUCAGCAUAAGCUAUGUGGUUUACGAGUACAUGAAGACAGGCUUAGGAAUCCAAAAAUGAUACUCCAAUGAACUGAGAAAGGACAUUUACUGUAUUUGUCUUUGACUUGAAAAAUGCCUGAAAAGAGAAAAAAAAAAAAAACUCCAAAAAGACAGAUAGACUUGAGACAUACAGAGCAUGGCCUCAUCGGUUCCUCAGAUGGAAAACUGUAUGUUAUAAGAGUUGCCUGCCAGUAGCUAAAGUUUUAAUCUGUUGUGGUGCGCAUGCUUUAUUUAUUUAUUUUAUUUUAAGGUUGCCCAUAAGACACUCCCUACCUUUACACACAGUCCCAAAACAAUGCUUGACAGACAUUUCUGUAGAUGACACAUAAAAAAGUAGUUAAAAAAAAGCCUGUUGUUUAAGUUAUGCCACUGUUUUUCCUUUAAACGUUAAUGAAGCAAAAAUGGGACAUGAUGUUGUGCUUUUUUUGCUGACAAAGAAUAUUAUUUACUGCACGCCACGUUUAUCUCAGACCGAGAAAAGAAACACUACAACUGUUGAAAUGUGCUGAUGUUCACACACUGGAGAUGUAAUUUGAAGCUUUUAGUUUUAAACACCUGAACAAUGCCUGAAGUGACAUCAGCUUCAGAAAAACAGUGCUCCAAACAGAAGGCUGUCAGCUGAAGCUAACGGGCCCUCAAAGUCAGUCUUGUUAACACUGGAAUGAUGUGUGUAUAAAGACACACAACUUGUGUGAUGUGAAAACCACUAAUCCCACAUUCUUAAUGUGGUAAUCAUUUAAAUGUGCCUUACAGCCUCUUGAUGCAAAACUUGGAGAUGAGUUUUUUUUUUAGCUAUAUAUACUGUAUAUAUGUACUGUGUAUAAAUAUAUAUAUAAAUAUGAAUGUUUUUAGGUAUGCUUAUUUAUUGGACUCAUUGAUAAAAACAAUGAUAACUGGUUAUUGGACUGAAAAACCUGCUAAAAGCUUUUUAUUUUUCACGUGUCACUCCUUUUUAAGCAGAUUGGGACAAAGCUUAAAAUAACCUCCCCUUAAACAUGCAGAUAAACGCCCACAACAGGAUUCUUA